CACUACAGAGAGGCGCAUUCAUGUGGGGAUAAGCCAGUGACGAAGAAAAUGUUACUUUUCACUGCAGUUGGAUCACUCAGCACUUCUGCUCGAUCCUGGAUUUUAAACUGACUUUGUUCACGGAGACUAUCUGGAAUAACUGUGAUGGCCAGGGUGUCAUUAUUAAUACAUCUGGGAAUUUUGCUUUUUAUUGGACUAACAGCCGCAAUGGCGAACGGAUUUUCCUCGUUUCGUCAAGAUGUGCUCAUGAAAAACAGCGCGAAGGAUUUAACCAAAGUAUCAAGUGCGACUCCGAAGCAGUUUGGUGAGUCUGGAUUAAAACCCGGAGCGUGUUAUUUCUGCCAGAUUCUGAAACCUCGGAGGAGAGCCAAGAGAUGUACGUGUUACUCGUACAAAGACAAAGAGUGUGUUUACUACUGUCACCUGGACAUCAUCUGGAUCAACACACCAGAGCGCACUGUCCCAUACGGCUUGUCGAGUUAUAGAGGCUCUCAGCGGGUACGGCGUUCUGCCAAGGGCAGCGUUGGAGGUCAACGCUGCGUGUGUGCUUUACACAGCGACCAACAGUGUACUGCUUUCUGCAGUCAGAGUAGGGGGAGGUCAACAUGACUGUCGAUUGGAGCACAGCUAAACUGAUAUUCACUCAUCCGUUGGACUGCUUCUUCAUUCUUCGGUCCCAACACCUGGAGAAUCACCUCAGAGAAAAGGUUCAUGUCUAUUCAAAAGGAAGGCUGUUGGAAUUCCAUUACUGAGAGGGAGAAGUAAAGAGCAGAGAGAGUCGGGAAGUUCUUACGCUGUCAACGUGAAAGCAUUACAUAACAGCACCUACUGUAAGCUAACACAUCUCUGAAGUAGCCAUGCAUUGACUGCCACUCUCAGUGUGACCAUGUGAGUCACAUUCAGGUGAGAUGUCUGUGAGGGUCUAAAUUAUGAACUGUUUCGACUUGCCGCUAUGAUCUGACUUCCAAUUCAGAUGUGCACGAUGGAGUCAAAUAAGCAUCACACAUAGGACUUUGAAUAUUUUAAACUGUUGACAGACCAGUCACCAUCAUGUAUUGUGUUUAAAGGACUUUGUUAAAAUACUUCUUGAACAAUUCAUUUAAAAAAAAAGUGCUGUACAGAAAACUCUACAUUGCAACAUUGGCUUAUUCUAAAAAAUAUAUUCAUAUUUAAUACAGCUUUUCAUAGUUUGAUACAUGAGUAUUACGUUUCCUCAAGAGUAUGAAAAAUUAACGAAGCAGACAAUAGGAAAAUUCCUAGCUUUCCUCGAGCAUAAAAUAAAUUUUGUAUUUCACAACUAACCAAAAGGUGUCCAUUUUAAAUGCCACAGUAAUACACAUCCUACUGUAUGAAUAGUUGUGAUAAAGAGUAUAUGCAAUAAAGUAUCUAUUUAUUCCACUAACCAAAUAUUUUUAUGAUACAUUCUCCAAACUGAAACAAAAAAGAAUCAAGUUUUCUUCCCAUUUCAAACCAUUACAAGAUAAGAUAUCCUUAAUUUAUUCAGAACAUUAGCAGUGAAAAAAAAGCACAUAUGGCAAAGAUGAAACCGGGAAUAAAAUACAUAC